AAUUGAUGUUGGCGUUACAUAGCAGGCGUAAAAAUCUUCUAAGUGGAAGACGUUCAUUCUUCCGUGUUUAUGGUGUAAGUAAACAAACCUAGCAAAGUGCUUCUAAAAAAAAAAUGCCGCAAAAUAUCAUAGACCCUCCACCGCCCGAAAACCAUCAUCUUGCUGGAAUGCCCACAAAUCUUUUAUACAACGGCUCUCGAUUCAACGGACAUCAAAAAAGCAAAGGCAAUUCAUACGAUGUUGAAGUGGUUUUACAGUAUGUUGAUCUAAAGAAUGCUUACCUAUGUGGCUAUCUGAAAAUCAAAGGGCUUACAGAAGAAUAUCCAAUACUUACAACAUUUUUCGACGGUGAAAUCAUCAGUGAAAAGCAUCCAUUUUUAACUCGUAAGUGGGAUGCUGAUGAAGAUGUGGACAGGAAACACUGGGGGAAAUUUUUAUCAUUUUUUAAAUUAGCAAAAAGUUUUAAUUCCGACACAUUUGACUAUGAUGAACUUCAAAAGACAGAUUGUGUAUUUAUGCGGUGGAAGGAACACUUCUUAGUGCCAAACCACAAGAUUACAGACAUAAAUGGAGCAUCAUUUGCUGGAUUUUACUACAUCUGCUUCUGGAAAUCUAAUUCUACCAUUGAAGGUUAUUAUUAUCACCGAAGUUCUGAAUGGUACCAGUCCUUAAAACUGGAACACGUCAGUGAACAGAGCGCCCCUGUCUAUGCAUUCCGAUGACAAGUGUGAGUUCUCAGUGUGGGCAUAGUGCGUAUGUGUCUAACUGCUUGCCUAAGUGAGUGCAUGUUUGCUGCCGAAUAAAAACAACAAAAAACAAACAAAAAGAUGCCCUCCUCUUGUCCCACGUCCCUCUUCCCCCAGCCCACCACCAACUGCUAACUCUCUUUCUUCAAGUGCCAUAAGUGGUAGCCUCCUGCAUCAUGCUAGCAACAGCAUACUACUUACUAUACUAGCAUUAAACUGGACACUCUCCUUUGUCUUGAUUCAGCCACCUAAAACAUCAUUCGACUUCACUUCCAGAAGUACAUCCGUGUGAUAUCUUUUACCAUUUUUUUUUAACAUUUAAACUUUGUUUGUUUUUUUUUUGUUUUUGUAAUUAAAAGAAGAAAAAAUCCUCCAAAUCUACAACAUUAAACCCACCCACCUCAAACAUAAAAAACAAAAUCUACCAUAUUUAUAGAGGGAGGAAAAAAAAACAAAAUUUUAUAUAUAUACAUAUAUAUAUAAAUAUAUAUACUUAUAUAUAUAUGUAUAUAUAUUCUUUUUAUUAAUGAUGCAAUGUUAGUCAGGUUAAGGUACUGGGCUGCUAGUCACACUGUCCAAUGGUCAAACCUUACUACUGUCGUUGUGUUGUGCUCCUGAGCAAGGCACAGAAUUCUUGUUUCUGUUUGCCUGACUGAAAAAAAAACAGCAACAUUCACACUGCUAUUUCAUUGUUGAAUAGUUAACUGAAGAAAGGGCAUCCAGUGGCAAAAACAAUUGCUCUAUUAUAAAAAGAAAAAAAACCAUCCCAUCCAUGCUUGCAUGGAAAAGCAAUGGAUGUAAAAUAGUAAAAGAUAAAAGGGACUCUUUAUUCUCAAGACUCAAUGGAAAUUUCAUUGUUUUGUCCAUUUAAUUGUUUUUGUUUUGUUUUUGUUGUUUUUUCGUCCACCUUGUUGAAAAAAAAUUACAAAACAAAAUUGGUAUGAAAUUUUAUGUACCCUCAUCUAUCAUAAUCUGGAUCUUGUUGAUGCAGAUGUCUAGCCAAUGUGCCAAGUUCCAUUCUCAUCAUUACCUUUGUUGCUAUUAAAAUUUU